GUAUAGUGUAAAAACGGGAUUUCCGAAGGAUCUGCAAUGAUCGGGGAUCGAUGUUUUGUGCAAUUCGCGUGUGUAUUGGGUCACACGGGGAAAAGAGAAAAAAAGUGGACGUGGAAAAAUGGUGCGCCGCGCGUUGGUAGUUGUGUCAGUGCGAACGAGAGGAAAGCAGUCGGUAGAUCGACAUCGCGACACGAAAAUUCCUCCAUCAUGUGGGCCCCAUUCGGGAACGACGAAAAGUGUUGCCAAUCGACGUGUAUUGUGCGAAAUCGAUUUUUUGACAUAUCUAGUAUAUGAAAUGUGAUCUGUGCGAAACACAACAUUAAAUGGAACCAUAAAGCCAACAACAGCUCAAAACGAUAACGAAUUUCUACUUUUCAAAUUACUAAAUCAAACCAGUACAUUCAGGCGAAAUUGUGUAUUUUUAUAGAUCGUUAGUAAUCUUACGAAAUCAAUUUCUGUGUAUCAUAAGAAAGCGUUUUAUAAUUCUACUUUAAUUAGCCUGAUUUUACAACUGGUUUGAAUAAAAUAGUCGUAAGCUCAAUAUCCUGACAUAGUGACAUUCAAAACUGAUUUUCUGAAUGGGUUCCAUUAUUGUUCGAGCGUCCAUUAUUCUUUAAAUAUGUAGAGUGCCGCGGUGUAUUUACUGAUCAAUGAAUUUAUUCGCAACGACCAAGGAAAUGUUUCGUUCCCAAGUCUGCAUAUAAAACCCACACCAAAUUUAGUGUCGAAUAAUGUAUUGUGUACGAACACAAUGUAUUUGGCAACUUUGCCCUACCGGAGCCAUUUUUGAUUUUCGUUUCGCUGUCGCAUUCGGUGUUCACGAUUUCGAUAGAUGGCUACGAAGUAGCCAACAUCGGUCGAUGGCCACGACGACGUAUGCGCUCUGAAACUGAUGCGUGUGAGCGAGAGCGCAUUGAACGAGCACGACCGAAAAUGUUAUGGGAACAAUCUGUGGAUGUGUGUUGGAUAACGCGAAGAAGGCCGUGAUCUUUCGUUCUUCACUCCGAGUGUCCGAGAUAUGGGAGUCGAUGAUGUUGCCUUACCUCCUCGAACGCGUCUCGUUACCACAGCCGAUGUACAGUCGGGUAAUACGGUUGUCCAGGUGCCGGUUUCGCUACCCGUAGGAACACUGAUCGGCGGUACAACGUUCAAUGUGCUCACUCAUGAUCAAAUCCAGCACUUCAAGCCGAUGAUUUGUGUGGAUAACAAUGGUUUUGUGUCGGGAAGCACCGUUGUGGGGGACCUGACGGGUGAUCUCAAGCCAACACAUAUCGUGAUCCAACAGCAAGGAUCGGACCAACAGCAGCAGAUUAACGCUGGACAAGACGAACAGGAUCUCGUGGACCAGCAGCAAAUACAAGCACAGUCGCAUUCCCAGCAGCAAGAAUAUCGCAUAGAAACCAAUAACCUGAUUGAUCGACUGAGUAACCUGGAUGUACUGCCGGUACGAUGUAAGACAUCAACCGGUGACCUGUACAAAGACCGUCUCGGGUCUGGAGGGCGUGGGAAGUGCAUCAAGCAUAAAGACGUCUGGUACACUCCAAGUGAAUUUGAAAAUAUCAGCGGUCGAGGCUCGAGCAAAGACUGGAAGCGUUCGAUACGCUACGGUGGGCGCAGUUUGCAGGCACUGAUCGAUGAAGGAAUCCUGACGCCACAUGCCACCAGCUGUACCUGUUCGGCUUGUUGCGACGACGAAUCUGCCGCUUCUGGCCCUGUUCGACUGUUUACACCUUACAAGAGGCGGCGACGCAAUCAAAUUGAGCCAGAUCAAGCAGAGAAAAAGAAACGAAUAAUUGUAAAUAACAAUACUAAUACUAGUAAUAACAACAUCCACAUCAACAACAUCAGCAACAGUACGCUCAGCAACACCAGUACCACGACGGCAACCGUCAAUCAGCAAAACACCACCGUUAGUCAUCAACAUGUCGUUCAGCAGCAACAACAGCAGCAGCAGCAACAACAACAACAGCACCACCACCAACAACAACAACAACAGCAGCAGCAACAACAGCAACAACAAGUCCAACAACAGCAUCAGCAAGUUCAACAGCAACAUCAGCAGCAACAGCAUCAAGUCCAACAGCAGAUCCACCAGGCGACGGCAACCAUUAAUGCAACGCCGAUAAUCACCAACAACACUAGUACAACUACAACUACGACGACGGUUAAAGUUGUACAACAAGAGCAGCAAGAGAUUGAGAACGAAAUGGCCAUAGCUACCAAAGAGGAACCAUGGCAGACUUUGACCGAAGGAAUCGAAAGUGCCACAGAGUACGUCGACCAGACGACACAGUUGGUUGCGGAAGCCAAUUUACCCUUUGAAAACCUGAAAUCACUUUGCUCCCAGGUGGUCAAGGCGAUGCAAGAAAUGAAGAAAUAUAUCGGUGAAGCCCGCGAGAUUCAUACCCGGCAGCUGGAGCGAUUACAGCGCGAACGAGAUGCUGCCAUUUUGACUGUGACGCAGCUAGAGGAACAGAACAACAUCAGUAGUCAAUUACCACCCGGAUCGGUUCAUGCUAACAAAAAGUGCGCCAAUUGUAACCGGGAAGCACUGGCAGAGUGCUCGCUGUGCCGGCGGACACCGUACUGUUCAACGUUCUGUCAACGAAAAGACUGGAUCACUCAUCAAAACGAGUGCGUGCGAAGUACGCAGGAAGCUACCCAUCAGAUCAUGUUAAUAGUGGACGAAACCCAAUAACCUUUAAUUUUCUAAUUGCGAUCGGUGCGAGCUGGAAAACGAAAUAUCGUUCAGAAACCGCUGAAAGACAGUCCCCCUGGUGGCUCAACCGUAAUCGAAGCUGGUGUGUAAUUGAAGGGGAUCAAAUUGCGCCGCCGAUCAAACUAGCAAAAAGCACUACGAAUUACGGUCGCAAUAUUGUGAGAUGAUCAACGGACGUGUUGCGUUGCUGGCCGGAGUAAUGGUAAUCCUGAAAACUAUUUUUAUAUUUAAAUAGUAUAAAUCUGAAGUUCUUUUUUUGUAAAUGUGGAAGUCGGAUCGAACUGGAUUCACGUGGAAGGGAUUAACUGAUGGAUGCCAAAGAGCAUCUUCUCCUGUUCGUAAUAGAACUUUUUUUGUUUUUAUUUCACUAGGCAAAUGCGGAAGUACAUAUAUUUAAAGAGUAAAGUGUGUAUUUAAGGACCGAAAAAGUUAGAAGAAACUUUAUUUAAAAAAUAACGGACAUGAAGAAUAAUAAGAGAUAACAACUCUUAAAUGUUUUAUUUUUGUUUAUUGUUUUAUUUUUGUUAUAUCACAUCAUUGUUUCAAACAUUAUGUUCGAUUGUUAUUGUUGUCAUUUUGUUCUGUUAUGAUUUCCGUUAUACCAUAUGGAAUGGGAAAUCCCGGGCCCAACAAAGAAAUAGUCGAUUUUUUACCGUGAAAACUUUUUUUAUUCUUCAGUAUAACCUCCAUCUAGAGCGAUGCAUUUGACCCAUCGGCCCUCCAACAUUUGGUGCCCUUUGGCAAAAAAACAAAGAUUUGUCAAGGCCUUCAAAGAAGAUUUCCGUUUCUUCAAUGAUCUCAGCAUACAACGAAAUUUUUUUCCCGGAGAAACCUUUUCAGGUUUGGAAAUAGUUAUUAGUCGCUGAGGGCCAGGUCUGGAGAAUACCGGGGAUGGUGGACCAAUCCAUACCGCAAAUCAUUCAAUUCCACCGUUGCUUUUAUGCAUGAAUACGCAUUCUACUAUUCUAUUCUAUUCUCGUCUUUUCUAUAGUAGGCCCGGGACUUUUCAUUCCAUGUAGUACUGUUAAAAAAACGGAUACAUCAACUACUCGAUUAGAUUGUUCUCAGAUUCUGUUUCUAAAACGAAUAAAAUUAUACCAACCACCAAAAAGAUUAAGGUACCCAAAAUUAUCAGAACUUCUUCAUUAAAGAAUAUUAGAAAGAGUUAGAUCUGCUAUAUCUAACUAACGCAUAGACUCAAAGGAUAAAAUGGAAAUAUGUGUAGUGCAUAUUUGACAUUAAUUAAGCUUUUACGCCGCAACCCGUUCUUUUUAGACUGAAUCUAGACAAUUUGGCAGUUGUUCUAAUGAGAGUAUCACAAUGUUCAGUAAAUUAUUCUACCAAACUUCGCUAAACGGAUGCGCUCUCCCGAAAUAACUACAGACGCCCAUACACGUUUAAUUAUACUCACAGUUUUCCGCCAUUCUGAGACGAAAUUCUUUACGAUUCAUUAAUGAAAAGGAUUCAGGUGCAACAAUUAAUUUCUAGUCCCGAUGUGAACGAUGAAACGCCAUUUCGCCGAACGACAUUUCGACGAAUUAGUCAUUUCGUAGAAAGCUGUUUCACAUAACUUAAGUUUCACUUUUUUCAAACAAGAUAAAAACGACAGUUAAUACAUACUACACUGUGCAUUCGAGUCUAGUGGUCUUUUAAACAAGAUCGGCUGUUUUACUGCCUAACGCUUCGAACACUGAUUCUGCUCUUUAGGUAGGGAAAUAUUGAAAUUACGAUUUUCAGACGAAGAAAUAUGUUCCUCGUCUGAAAAUCGUAAGCCCCGGAAAAUUCGACGAACUCACGCUCACAAACCUGUAGCCACCUCGUUAGCACGGUUUACUCAAAGUUAGGUUCCUGUGCCUUUGCUAAGUCCGAACAAGCGGUAGCGAGGUCAGACAGCACACGACUACAAAACGAUACGGCAAAGACGCAUUAGUCAUUUUUUUCACUAGCGCCCAGUUAACGGAAACGAGCUGCCAAAUUUUGUCUGGUAGAUACACCAAUUAUUUUGUAUGUAAAAUUAGAGCAACGUGCAAAUGGCAAGGGGCCUUUUCGGUAAAAUGGCAUCCGGGGAAAUGACACUAACGGCGAAAUACCUCUGCCCCCGUUGAAACACUUCUGUUCUGUAUUUCGUUCGAGUUCGUUUGUGGUAUAUGACACGCCGCCCACUCGGUUUUCACAGUGAUUACAUAACCUUUCUAUAUGAGAAUGGCAAAAACUAUAACCUUUCUCUUGUCAUUCAAAUAGUCUCAUCAAAACAUACUUUUUUCAUAGAUUCUGACACGACUUUAGGCUAAUUUUUGGCCCAAAUUCAUAUUCGCAUCCCAAAAGCUGCUUUCAAACAAACUUUAUUUUAUUUAAUUGUUCAGCCAUUGCUACGAAAUUUAAGUCAAGAUGAAAAUCUUUAUAUUGGUGCGACCGUACAGCUUAAACGCAGCGCGCUGAUAGCAGAAUCGAUGACUAUCUCGAGCUCGGUAAAGCAAAACGCUGAGACAGAUCGACAACACACAAGUUUGCUGAUUGUUCAGUAAUCAAUAUUAUGAUUUCCUAGAUUCGUCUAAAAUAUUUACUGUUUUUAUGGCAAAGUGUAUUUUUUUGCCGAAAUUCGGCAUAACUUUUUGCUGAACUCAUCAGUGAAUGACGAUUAUGCCGGAAUCAGCAAAUACGUUUGCCGAAAUUUUGAAAUAUGUGGUAGCUUUUGCCGAAAUUCGGCAAGACAACUGUCAUUUACGCUUUACAUUUUCGCUUGGAAGGAAGCAGUUAUUUUCUGACGUAAUAUUUUACAGAAGUUUUCCUAUGACCACUCGUAAAAAUGAAGUUUAUAUUUUGGAAGUAGUCCAAAAGGAAGAUGUGAGAAUCUACUAUCUUUUCAGUGAGUACAAUAACUAAAAAUUGUUAUUAUUAUUUUUACGUUUCGUCUUUGACUCAUCAGUGCAGAGCAGUUCAAAUUGAACUGCGUAGUGCUAAACUCGGCAAUUCAAUUUGAACCGCUAAGCAGACGUAAAGUUUCUGCUAUUUACAGAACACUUUUUGUUUUGCAACGGAGUGCAAUGUCUUUUCUGACGUACCGAACGAAAACGUGUUUCGACUAUUUCUGGCCGAUGCAGGUUUGGUCAUUUAGGGGUUAGCCAAAUUUUGUGCUAGGGCACAUAACCAUUUUUAUUAUUUUUACGUUUCGUCUUUGAUUCAUCAGUGCAGAGCAGUUCAGCAGUUCGGCACGUCAGAAAAGACAUUGCACUUCGUUGCAAAACAAAAAGUGUUCUGUAAAUAGCAGAAACUUUACGUCUGCUUAGCGGUUCAAAUUGAACUGCCGAGUUUACAACACUAAGCAGUUCAAUUUGAACUGCUCUGCACUGAUGAGUCAAAGACGAAACGUAAAAAUAAUAAAAAUGGUUAUGUGCUCUAGCACAAAAUUUGGCUAACCUACAAAUUGUUAUUUAUAGAAAUCGCCUUACAUAGCCUGCUUUUACUGUCAAGAACUUAUUACGGGAUUUACUGUCAAGAAGUUAUUACGGAAUUUGAUGAAGGUGUUUGCUCUCUGGUCCGGAGGAGUAUCGAAAUCCCUAUUGAAUCGGAUAUGUUCACUGUGAUUUGCGUGAAAUGCGAGUCAACGGAUGAACUAUUUUUAAUUUUUGAUUUUUUAAUUGAGUACUACCGGUUACAAAUUCAUUAACCUUCUUUUUUUGCAUCUUUUGUAUUUUUUCACGUUUAUACUAGAAUAGAACGAAACCUUAACCACACAUUGAAUAUUUAUAAUUUCGAUAAAAUAGAACUGACUUUUUUGUUUACUUUCAAUAGCUGGAAUCUCGGUAAUUGAUCAAUUCUUACUUGCUGGACAUACAGUAAAAGUUUUGGCGAAUGUACAGUAAAAUUUUUAUUUACAAUUUAGAUAAUAACAGACGUUUGUCAAACUUGAGGUUGCUGAGACUCCACAAUUUUAUCUGCACCAGCGUAGUGCAAUAUAAAAACGGAAACAUUACAAAUUGCAUGACUCAACAAGGAAUGUAGGGUUUUUAGAAUUAUUCGAUUAUUAAUUAAUCGCAUAUAAUUUUCCAACAAAUCGAAUAUAUUUUUUAUCGAUCGAUCGAUCAUCCGACAUCCCUCGGGAAUCACUCCGAGUAUCGCUUUACAUCAGUUCUCGCUUUCACUGUAACGAUUUGCAAUUGAGUCGGGUAUGGAUGACGAUAUUUUAUUUUUAAUCAGAUACGGGUCGGGAUCGGAUUAAACAAUUUGAAUUUAUAAUCGAACGGGUUUCGGGUAUUCAACCCCGAAAAAAGAUUUGCGGGUUCGGGUAAAAAAUUUCAUAUUGUUUUUGGGUACGGGCCGGGUUUGAAAAAAACUCCGGGUUCGGGUUGCGUACGGGUAAAGAUUUUUUAUUUUCAUUCGCAUACGAGUCGGGUUCGAGUUUCAGAAUUUACAUACUCGACUUUCUCUUCUACGCUGAUACAUUCCCAUCACUAUUUUAUUGUUUCACACUUGUUCUACCUUGGAAACUUUUGAAAAAAUUAAAAAAUCAAUCUUUUCAGUCGAGUCGAGUAGUCACUGUAUCCAAAAUGAAAAUCGGAUUGUAUAAAAUUUUACGCAAUAAUAUCAAACGAAAUGAACCGACUAGAUAAUUUACCUUCGAUUCGCAAAUAAAGACAUACGCAAAAUAAAAAUUCAACUACACUGUUGUACUUCCAAGAAUAUAAAAGAUACGUGGUAGCUAUUGAAUGGUGCCAUAAAAGCUCGCUCGUAGUAAUUAAUUUUAAACUUUUUUUUCUGUUUAUAUUCGAUUAUUUUCAUUUAUUCGUCGAACUAUUAAAAUUUCUUUGAGGUUUUACAAACGAAAAAUGUUCUACAAACUGUUAUCUAUUUUGUAAUUUAAUCGUGAAUUUUAUCUUCGAGAUUCAAUCACAGUAUGAGAUCUUUGUGUUUUUCAUCAUCCUGCUUGUGUGUAACAAAGUUUGAAACGAAACUUCUCUUAGGUUUACGAACGAGCAUACGCAAGGACAAUGCAUUCGAGAAUUUAUAAGCAGUAGGCAAACUAGCACAAAUCGGAAGUAUUCUCUAACACGAAACAUCUAGAAGAUGAGUAAAGCACUUGUAUCAAUUUCAUUAGAAAGAACGUAAAUUUAAUCAAUAUAUUUAAAAUUUAGCAUCUAUUGCGAAAGAUUCGAUUGAUGAAAUUUUAUAAAACUUCGAAUUAGGUGAAUAAAUGUGUAAAACUUAUAAGUAAUUAAGAAAUAAAUUGCGAAUUACAACCAAUACAUAAAAUUACCAAAUUUUCUAUGUGAAAUUGUGAAAAUAGUAAAGAAACUUGAUAAAAAAAACUCUUUAGUAUAAAAAAAAAAAAAACAAAGUAAGGGCUAGAUGUACGUAAA